AUGAUGGAUGCAACGUCGGAAUCCGAAAGAACAAGCCUGGACCUAUCAAUUUCAUCACCAAAACAAGCUUACUACGUUGAGAGCCCUUCAAGCGUGUCCCAAGUAUACGAUGGUGAUAAAUCCUCUUCCGCUGCUUCACUGAUUCAGAUUCACACCCCAAACUACACCAUCCUCACCGAGUCACGUCUCUCCUCUUCAAGCCGCACCUCCAAUGGGACUGGAUUCCGGUGGAAAGGAAGCUCCCGGAGAAGAGACAUGUAUUGGCUAGAGAGGCCUUAUACGAUUGAUGAAGAGGAAGUUUAUGAAGAUAACAGAGGAUUAUCGGUUGGACAAUGCAGAGCGGUUUUGGUAAUCUUAGGAACUGUGGUUGUGUUCUCUGUUUUCUGCUCUGUUUUGUGGGGAGCUUCUCAUCCUUUCUCUCCUAUCGUCUCCGUUAAGAGGUUCGACCUUCAUAGCUUUUAUUACGGAGAAGGAAUAGACAGAACAGGAGUUGCCACCAAGAUUUUGAGCUUUAACGGCUCAGUGAAAGUGACAAUAGACAGUCCUGCUCCUUACUUUGGCAUCCAUGUCUCUUCUUCUACCUUCAGUCUCACCUUCUCUGCUCUCACCCUCGCCACUGGUCAGCUUAAAAGUUAUUACCAGCCAAGAAAGAGCAAGCACUUAGCCAUUGUCAAGCUCCUAGGCGUAGAGGUUCCUCUAUAUGGAGCAGGACCUAACUUAGCGGCUUCAGACAAGAAAGGAAGAGUUCCAGUGAAGUUGGAGUUUGAGAUCCGAUCACAAGGGAAUCUUUUGGGGAAGCUUGUCAAGUCGAAACACUUGAAUCACAUCUCCUGCUCUUUCUUCAUCUCUUCCUCCAAGAGCUCAAGACCAAUAAAAUUUACUCAUAAGACCUGUAAACUCACUACCAAGUAA